AUGGCGUCGGAAAAGCUGAUGCCGGGGCCAGAAGGCCGGACGCCGCGGUUUUAUGAAGUCGACCGAGGGGCCAAGACGGAAAGCUACAUCAGCGCCGUUUCUGGGAAUCCUGUUGGGGCUGAUCAUCUCGUCAUGACUCAGCCGUUCGCUGAGCCCAAGGUUCGACUUGCUUUUUGAUUGUUUUUUGUCUUUUUUCCUUUUUCCUUUUUUGAAGUUUUUAUAUCUGUUCUGAUUGUUCUGUAGUUUCUGACUGGAUUCAUGAUUUUUCAUUAGGAUAGGGAUUAUAUUAAAAAGUUGAAAUUAAGGCCGUGUUUAAAGGAAUCCUCGCGAAAUUAAAAAUCAUUUCUGAUUCUCCAGAAUUUAGUUCUCUUUUUCUGUCUCUGACGGGUAUUUUGAACCUCUCGGAAUCACUUUGAACGCUUUAUAAUAAAGAUUGAUCCAUGGACAGAAGGUGAAAAUUUUUUUUAUAGUUGAGCUUGUUUUUGGGAGGGGGGGAGGCGUAGGAAAAUAGUAAAAAGCACUAACAAACUAUAUACUAGCCAUAGGAAGUUUAAAUUAAGCCCCGUUGAAAAAAAGCUUGAAAAACUGCUUUUUUUGUAAACUUUUUCAAUUUUAUGCAUGAAAUUAAGACCGAAAAUAACUGUUUCCCCAUCUUUUUUCGAUUGUUUUUGCUUUUCGAAGCCUUUCCCAUCAAUGAAUAUUCAUUCCCACUGUUUAUGCAGCUGUAAAUGUUAGCUUGAUCCUUUGAAAAAGGCGAUUUUUCCAGUUUUUCCAAAGUUUUCAUAUAGUUACAACCUCCCAAGUCGGUUUAUAAUUGAAUAGAAGGGAGGCCAAAGACGGAGGAAAAUUGGCCACGGCUGGGGUCCAUGUAUAUAGAUUGGCAUCAUCGGUUGUAAAAACGUAGUCGGAGGCCUUCUGGAUGCGGGUUUUUGAUUAACUUCCCAAGACAUUUUCGACCUUGUAACACGGUUUUUUGUCAGAAAACUACGUUGAAUUUUGAAAUUUUUGAUAAAAAGGGCUCAAAAAUGAGUCAAAUUUUUAGCCGAGUCUCUUGAAAAACAUCCUUUUUAUCUAGCCUAGCCUUACUUUUCUUAAAAACUAUGAAUCAGUUUCGAAAAUUGAUAAUUUAAUAAUAAAGUUUACGUUAAAAACUGAGCCCAACAGCUUUGAUAGCCGCGUCGUUUAGCCGAGUCGCUUAGCCGAGUCGCUCAGCCGAGUCGCUUCACUGAAAAUGAACUGAAACAAAACCACAUGAGAGAUUCAAUUUUCAAUUCACAGCGCCAUGAGACAAAUGAGUCGCAUUUCUUGAUUGGCCUCAUCAAUAGCCGAGUCGCUUAGCCGGGUCGCGCGAAAUUUAUCCAUAAAGCAAAAUUGGUUUUUGACGCCCCUUUUGGGAAAAAAUAUAAAAGUUUUUGAAAGCUCAAAAAAAAGAUUUUUUUUGCCCAUUCUUCGGGAUUUAAUCCUUGAGCACUUCUCAAUCCUUUAAAAAAACAGAUUUUAAGAAUAAGGACAUUAUUUUUUUCGAAAAAAAUAUUCAAUAAGUGCGUUUUUUUCCGUUAAGAAACACCAAUUUUCCAAUUUUUUUCCUCAUUCUCUUUGGAGCGCACACGCUCCGCGGCUAUUUUGUCAUCUAUACGUGAGGAUAUUUCCUGCGAAAAUCGGCUUUUUUCUGAAAUUUGAUUCAACCCGUCACCGUGUAAUCGAAUCCCGUGCCGACGACGUUGCCGAAAGUUUCCUCGUUUUUGAUUCUUUUUCGAGGGAAUAGUUUUAUUGGUCUAUUUUCGGGGGUUGAUAGAGAAGUGAAUAAAAAAAAAUUGAGUGGAAAAUUUGAGAAGAAAGAAAUUUCGGUGGCUUUUUGAAAGCUUAAAAGAAAACAUUUUUUUUAAGAUUUGAAGAAAAUAUUUUUCUUGCGUGGGUCGCUGGUUUUGAUAACCUUUUCUGUUGAACUUUCUGAAAACUUGACCUUGCGGUCCACACGCCAUUUAUUUUCUUUUGAAACCAAAGAAAGAUUGUUUGUUCGUUUGGCGUAACCUAAUAGCGUUUGGAAAAGGUGACAAAUUGAGCAUACAAGAAAAAAAAGUGGAAAAAGAUCGUUCAUGAACCUGCGCUCCAAGGAGAAAUCAAAAAUUGAAAUAUUUUCUUUUUCUUAUUUCAUUUCGUUCUUCAAGUUUGCUGGAAAAGGACUGUCAAGCUUGAAAUUUUCAAGGAAAUGAGCUUUUUUUGGUUUGAGUUCAGACUCAAUGCGUUAUGCUCGCCCGGGGGUUUGCGUAGGAGUUUAAAUUUCGCCAUUUUGAUGUCACCAAGGCGUAAGUCGUUUUGGGGUCGGUUGCAAACCAAAAUAAUCGAAUAGCGCUGUUUUUUCUAUGAAGAAUAGAAUAAAGAGCUUGUCUAUUCCAGUAAAUUUACGAAAAUCCUUGAAAAAAGCCAUCCAAUCGGUUCUUGUGUGUCGGAUAAGUGUCAUCUUGCCGAUUUUUGACAUUUUCCACCCCCAUGACACGAGAUAAGACUCUCCUCCGCUUUACGCAUGAGCGCCUUCCUUCGAUUUUCACGAGGGAUGAAAACGAACGGACGGACAGACCUGUAAUUAUGCGGGGUCUUUUCAAAGAAAUUUGAAUUGACAGGGGCGAUUGAAGGGAUUUUCAGUGAGGAGUUUGAUGGAUUUUGGGCUGGUAGUUGGGAAAAAAAGAAAGGGUUUAGUUGGGAUAUGGAAAUUUAACAGAAAGGUUGAUGAAUAAGGACUUUUUGAGGUUCUAGGAGCAAUAGAAAUUUGAAAAAAUAACGAGUUUUAGGUUCAAAAAAUCGAAAAAGUACAAAAUAAGUCGUUUUUUGAAGCUCUAGUGCAAGAAAUGGAUGCUUUUGAGAAGUUAACUCGGAAUUUACUUGAAAAAAAUUCGAUAAAGUACAAAAAGAGGCGUUUUUCGAAGCUCUAGUGCAAGAAAUGGAUGCUUUUGAGAAGUUAACUCGGAAUUUACUUGAAAAAAAUUCGAUAAAGUACAAAAAGAGGCGUUUUUCGAAGCUCUAGUGCAAGAAAUGGAUGCUUUUGAGAAGUUAAUUCGAUUGACUUAAAAAAAUGAAUUAAAUUAGGCUUCUGUAGGUUUUCAGGUCCAAAUUAGAAACAAUUGAAGCUCAAUUUUGGCCAGAAAUAUGAUUUAAGUUGAUAAUCAUCGUUUUUUUACCAUCUUAUUUUUGAUUCUAUGUAUGGAAAAAAUGUUUUUAGACAGCCGAAAUUUGAAAAUUGAAUUUUUCAAAGCUAUUUUCAGCUCAAAUACGCUUCAAAAAACUUAAUCCAUUUUUUUCUCAAAAAAAUCACUCAAAAAAGUUCUGAUAAAUCAGAUUUAGGACAAUAAUCAAUUAAAAAGUGAUCUUUUUUUCGUUAAAAAUUUCAAAAAAACAGUGCUUUUUACGGAAAUAAUCCCCUUAUGAGAACUUUGGAGCCUUUCAAAAUUUUUUUCAAUUAUUCCUAAUUUUUUUCGUUCCUCUAAACUUGAGAAUCAUCGAAAAAGGUAUUUUUCGACUCUUGAACAUUUUUGAGAAUUUAAAAAUUGUCAAUUUCCAGCCAUUGAAGCCAUGGGAACAGCGGAAGAUCCUGAAACCCAAGGAUCCAAACCAGAUCGGCCUGAACGAGGACGAGUUGGAGCCGUACAAGAACGAUCCGUUUUGGAAGACUUUGAGGUUAGUUUUUUUGAAAAAAAAAGGGCUUGAAAUGGGGAUUCUAAUGGUAUGUUUUUCAUUAUGGAGUUGGACUUAGGAGCUAAGAAGAAAGGGUUUUGAAAUAUGAGCCUGAAAAUUAAGGAAUCUGUUGGAAUGGCUUUAGUUUUAGGGGCUUUGAGGUAGGUAGCAAGAGAGAAGUGUUAGAAUAAAAUUCUAGGGUGAACAUGCCAAGAUGAGGAUUCUAAUAGUGUAGUUUUCAUGGCACAAAUUAAUUUAGAAGUGGAGAAAAAGGGGCUUCAAAAAAUGGGCCUGAAAAUUGAAGACUCUGUUAAAAUGGCUUUUAUUUUAGGGACUUUAAGGUAAUUGUAUUAAGGGAAGUGUCAGAAAUACAUUUUUGGGUGAAUAAUGUGAAAAAUAAGAAUUCUAAUAGUGUAUCUUUCAUAGCACAGUUGAAUUUAGAAGUAGAGAAAAAGGAGCUUCAAAAAUAGACCUUGAAACUUGAUUAAUCCUUUGAUAUGACUUCAGUUUUAGGGACUUUAAGGUAGUUACAUUAAGAGAAGUUUAAGAAAUAAAUUUCAAGGUGAAAAAUGUCGAAUUUAGGAUUCUAACAGUGUACUUUUCAUGGCACAGUUGAAUUUAGAAGUGGAGAAAAUGGAGCUUCAAAAAUUUGGUUCAAAUUUGGACAAUCCACCAAGAUUUUGAAGGAGAUGAGGUUUUAGGAUGGGAAUUUGAGGUAAAAAAAAGCUUGAAAUCAGGUUUUUGGUACAGUUUUUGAUCCAUUAUCAUUUUUUAACUAAAGAAAAAAAAUGUUAAGUUUUUUUCUUUUUCGAUUUUUUUCAUGACUUUUUCCAGUUAAACUGGACCUUUAAAAGUCUCACUUCCCAUUGAAAACAGUUUUUCGAAAGUUCCAAAAGGACUUACAAGCAAUAAUCGCCAAGGACACAAACAUCGGGGGAGGUGGGCGGCGAUUUUAAGCCCAAAAGACAACAUUUUUUCGCCGAAAUGGUCCACUUUUGCUGGAAUAUUGGGACAACGAUCUGGUCCUUGGGGGAUUUCUUGGUUUUUUUCAAUUUUAAAAUUUUUUUUUGGACAGUUUGAAAGACUUUCUAUUGGAAAUUUUUUUGAGUCAGACAUGAAAAGAGAAAAAAAAAAUGAUAAGAUUGAAUUCGAUAGUUUUAGAUUGAAUGGCUGGAAAAAAAAAACUUUAGUGGCCACUUAAGAGGUUCCUUAAGGGCUUCCUAAAGAGGAAGGCUUUUAGGAAUUUUUCCUGUAGAGUUUAAAGGUAUGGGGUUGUAUAUUCAUGGUAUCUUUCCAAUAGUUUUCAAAAAAAUCCUUUUUUCUCGUUUUUUUUCGAGAAAGCUAAUGGAAUAUACACUAUUCUGACAAUUUUUUCAGCAAAAAAAAAGGAUUUUUUUUGUUCAGAACGGUGCUCUUCUCACUUUUCUGGCUGACUUGGAUCGCCCUGUUCCUUUUCGCCAUCUUCCUGGUCCUUUUAUCGCCGGCCUGCGUCGUUCGCGAGAAACCCAACUGGUGGCAAUCCGCUGUUGCCUAUCAUGUGAGUUUGGAGAAAAAAAAAGGAGCGUGGUCGCACUUGGAAUGGUCAGGGCGUUGCGGUCGCGCUGCGAUGCUUUCUGAGCCAUAGCAAAGUUGAAAAAAACCGCUUCGCAGCCGUCACGCGUCGAGCCAUUCCAAGUGCGGUCACAAAAAAGAAGCCUCGGUCGCACUUGGAAUGGAUCAAAGCGUCGCGGUCGCGUUCCGAUGUUUUUUGGGCCAUAGGAAAGUUGAAAAAAACCGCUUCGCAGCCGUCACGCGUCGAGCCAUUCCAAGUGCGGUCACAAAAAAGAAGCCUCGGUCGCACUUGGAAUGGAUCAAAGCGUCGCGGUCGCGCUGCGAUGCUUUUCUGAUUUUCAAGUCAUUUGGUCAACCGGUCCGCGCGUCGAGCCAUUCCACGUGCGGUCAAAAAAAAGAAGCCUCGGGCGCACUUUGAAUGGCUUAAAGCGUCGCGGUCGCGUUGCGAAAAAUCAUGAGGAACUCGAAAAAAACCGCUCCGCAGCCGUCACACGCCGAGCCAUUCCAACUGCGGUUACAAAAACAGUUUCUGAGCCACAAAAGUGGUACCGUGUUCAGAGUGAUCCUGCGAAGCUCAAGAUCAUUGAAAUAGCCGUCAGAAAGUGGAAAAGAUCCCUCGAUUUUGGAAAGUUAGAGUUAUUUUUAAAUUUCACGAAAAUGUGUUGAACACGGCAUGAGCUUCUCUUUUCUGGAAAACUUUAAAAAUUCAAGAUUUUUUGGGAAAUUAUGAUUCCAUCGAUUCAUUUUUUCAAUUUUUCAGAAAAAUUUUGGUCAAUUUUCAACUAAUUUAUUCAUUUUUUACCCAUUAAAAGCUUCAUACCAUCUAAUUAUGUAUCUUUCUGUUACCAAUUUUCUUUAAAAGUGCAAAAUAAUAGUCCGGGGUACUGCAAGUCGUGUAUACUCAAAAACCCAAAAAAAUCGUCAACCAAUUGUGAGUCCACGAGAACUUUUUCUCGCACUUCAACUGGACCGUACCCGUUCAAAAAAAAAAUGAGGAAACCAGAAAAAAAAAAGUAAAAAAAGACGCAGCUGCAAGCCAUUUGCGUUGGCAGCUGCUCUUGGACGAGAAGGAGAAUUUGUCGAGUCGGAUGUUGCAAAAAGAUCCGACGGGAUGUUCCAUUCGAACUGAGAUUUAUGAGCGCUUGAUUUCCUUCUGUUUCAAAUCGCGAAAACAUGGAGGGCUUUGGAGUGAUUGGAUUGGAGAUAACGGGGAUUGAGAAUAAAAGAACCUUUUUUUGACUUGUUAUGGAAAUUUUGCGACGAAAUCGUCAAACAACUGGAUUAAGUUAUAGUUAUAUAGGGAUGGAGGCUGUGGAGAAUUUUAGACAGAAAAUUAAGCUUUAAAAAAAUCGAUUAUUAUAAUUUUUCCAUGCUUUAUUCGCCAAAUAUAAUGAGCUCAUUUGGGAAAUAUUCAGAUUUUUUUUUUAAAUUAACCGCUUCAAAUUUUUUCUUCCAAAUGUUUUUAGAACGUUUCCGAGCAAAAAAAACAUAUAAUGAAGCUUAAAAAUUGUCACUUAAGGGAUUUUUUCAAGAAAGCUAGCAAGCUGUGUUUAAUUUCACUCCUCAAGUGGUCACUUAAUAGUAAAAUGUUGAAGUUUGUAUCAUGAAUCAGUGCUUUAUAAGCCUAUACCCCACGUUGUCUUUUUCAUCAGCUUUUUUUUGAAUAUUAUUGGCCCCUUAAGUGGUUUCUUUAAUGAAAAAAGAAAUAUACAGAAAUCAGUUCAAACUGGAUUUUUUUUUCCUCUGUUCGCUCCAUUUUCUAUCACUUUUCUUACUUCUAGAGCUACUUGAAGCUCCAAGAAGCAAAAGAAAAUUAAAAAUUUAAGAUGACAAUUUUUUUGAGUGAAGACCUUUCAACUAUAGUGCUCGAAAAAAUCGUCAAAUUUGAAAAAAAGGAAGGAAGAUUGAUGACCCGCCAUUUUAUGUCACAACAGGCCCACAGCUGCUUAGACAUGUGCAGCUGGCGGUGUGAAAAGGGCAAUAAACAUGUAAUUUACUGGGCUCUUCAGGAAUUCCGAGGCUUUUCAGAGCUUUUGGUAGCUUCAGAACCAUUGAAAAAUUUAGAAAAUCGGAGAAAAUUGAUUAAAAAUCAACUGGUACAGGACUUUUUCGGAAUCGAGACCUAAUAUUUUCGGAAAGAACUACUAAAUUUGGUUUUUCUAGUCUCUUCAGCAAUUUUGAGGCUUUUCAGAGCUUUUUGUAGCUUUAGAACUAUUGAAAAAUUUAGAAAAUCGAAGAAAAUUGAUUAAAAAUCAACUGGUACAGGACUUUCUCGGAAUCGAGACCUAAUAUUUUCGGAAAGGGCUACUAAAUUUGGAUUUUUUUUGGUCUCUUCAGCAAUUUUGAGGCUUUUCAGAGCUUCUGGUAGCUUUAGAUUCAUGAAAAUGGUUGAAAACCGAAGAAAAUCGAUUGAAAAUUAGGUUACAUGAUGAUUUAUUUAGAAGAAAAGUGGUAUAUUUGCGAAAAGAGCUCUUUAAUUUGGAUUUACUGGUUUCUUCAGGAAUUUUGAGGCUUUUCAGAGCUUUUUGUAGCUUUAGAACUAUUGAAAAAUUUAGAAAAUAGAAGAAAAUCGAUUAAAAAUCAAGUCGUAUUUGAUUUAUUGUGAACAGAGCGUUGAUAAUUUUGAAAAGAGCAGCUGGAUUUCGAUUUUCUAAGUUCUUCAGGAAUUCGAAGGCUUCUCAGAGCUUUUGUAGCUUUAGAACCAUAAGAAAUGGUUGAAAAUCGAAGGAAAUUGAUUAAAAAUCAACUGGUACAUGAUUUAUUUGGAAAAGAAAGGCAAUUUUUUGAGAAGGGUAGUUAAAUUUGGAUUUACUGAGCUUUCCAGGGAACUCAGUGCUUUUCAGAGCUUCUACUCAUUCUAAAAGUAUAAAAGAAGGUCAAAAAAUGAAAAGUUUUGAUUGAAGUUAGACUUUUACUGAUAUUGUAUCACUGUUUUUGAAUUUUUCACUCGGAGGAUCAGUAGCUUAUUAUAAAGCGAGGAUUUUUAUAAUCUCAUUUAAGUUGGUACAAGAAAAUAACAUAAAUGUAUUCUAUCAAUUCCACAAAGCCUUCAUAAAUCUGUCAAUUCCCGCCUAGAAUAGAUUUUAAAGCCCUCCGGAGGCUUUCCGAUUCAUUGUCAAAGCGCAGAAUGCUAAUUAAUGUCGGCUAUAAUUUUUCAGGUCUGGGUUCCGUCUUUCCAAGAUUCGGAUGGCGACGGGGUCGGCGACGUCCAGGGGCUCAUGAAUCGGAUGGAUCAGUUGAGAAAGUCUGGAGUUCAGGUAUUAUUUUUGGGAUGAUGAACGCCAGAGUGGUCCCUAUAGGGGUCUAGUGCCGUGUUCAAAGUAAUUUCCGCGAAAUGCAAAAUGGUCUCUGACCCUCCAAAAUUUAGUUAUCUUUCUCUUUCUCUGACGGCUAUUUUGAAUUUCGCGGAAUCACUUUGAACACGGCAUAGGGCCUGAUUACAAGUCCUCAAACCUUAAGUUGUCACUAUAGGGGUCUAGGGCCUGAUUACAAGUCCUCAAAUCUCAAGUGGUCUCUAUAGGGGCCUAGGGCCUGAUUACAAGUCCUCAUAUCUCAAGUGGUCCCUAUAGGGGCCUAGCGCCUGAUGACAAGUCCUCAAAUCUCAAGUGGUCAAUAUAGGGGUCUACGGCCUGACACCAAGUCCUCAAAUCUCAAGUGGUCACUAUAGGGGUCUAGGGCCUGAUUACAUGUCCUCAAAUCUUAAGUGGUUUCUAAAGGGGUCUAGGGCCUGACCCUAAGUCCUCAAACCUUAAGUGUUCACUAUAGAGGUCUAGGGCCUGAUUACAAGUCCUAAAAUCUCAAGUGGUCCCUAUAGGGGUCUAGGACCUGAUUACAAGUCCUCAAAUCUUAAGUGGUCACUAUAGGGGUUUUUAAAUGUUUUCACUAUGAUUUUUAGGUUAAAAAGAAAUAUUUGACCUACGUUGAUAAUUUUUCAUUCAUAAGCGCUUGUUUUUGAAUUUCCCUGAAGGAUCUUUUAAGGGUUUUCAGCUUGAAAAUUGUAAAAUCAUUUAAGGGAGCACUUGAAGAUUGCUCAUUUUUUGAGCCUGUUGAAAAAAAAUACGUGAAAAUGUUCAACUAAAAUUUGGCCAAUAUUUUUUGCCCAUUUUUUAAAAUUCCAAGUGAAAACUUGAGGAGUUUUUGGAUUAAAUUUAUAAAAAAUCGAAGUUCGAUUUUGAAGAGUACCUACACUUGAGUGAUCUUCAAGAGAUAAACUGAAACUGCCUUUUAAGUGGCCACUUAAGGUUAAUCUAACCGGUUCUCUGAAAACAAAUGGACACUAAAGCGUUUUUAUGAUUUCUUCUAGGAUUUUCUAGGGAUAGCGAUGACCACUUGAGUGAUCACUUCCAAAAAUCAAUAACAAACCUUUAAGUGAUCACUUUAAGACUCUCUGGCCAUCGCCUUUCCUCAUCACCGACGAAUUCUCCAACGCCGUGAGAAGCUACGAUCAAAUGGACCCCAAAAUCGGGGUCAAUCAAUUGGCGGAUCAGUUGAUCCAAACGGCUCAUGAUAAUGGUUGAAAUUAAAUGAUUAAUCAAUAAAAACUCCGAUAAUUCAGAAAUAAAACUUAUAAUCAGCGUCCCGAUCGCGACGACUUCCCUGGAGCACGAAUGGUUCCUGAAUUCGGCCUCGGCCAGCAAGCCCGACCACAAGAAUUUCUCUCAGGUUCGGCUUUUUUUGAGGUUCAAGUGUGCUCCAGUGAACAGUAUAGCCAUUUAGACUUGAAAAAAAGAACUAGAAAUUGAAAAUUGUUCAGAAAUAUAGUGCUGGCCAGAUAUUUCAAAGUGGUUUCUCGAGUAUAACUUCUCUAAAAAUGGCUCAAAUGACUUGAAACUUCGCACAGAUGUCAAAAAACUAUGCAGUAACCUAAUUCUAAAAAUAAAAUUGAUUUGCUCGAGUCAAACCGAAUUUGUGAGCAAAAAACCAAAAAUUGUGAAAAUUGGAAUUUUUCUCUUGAGGUUCAACAAAUCAUAUUUUCGAAGAAACGUCGAUUUUCAAUCAGAAACUUUUUCUUUUUCUUUGUAAAAAAAGAUCUUCGACUUUAAAAAAACCUAAACAGCCCCUACCAAGUAAGAGCGAGCCUUCUAAAUUAAAUUUUGAAAGUCUUGAACUUUUUGAAGUUUUUUUGAGAGCUCUAGGCCGCAGGAAAAUCAAGACGGUUCCUUUGAAAAAUAACCGACUUAAAAACGAGUUGGCGUUGUAGAAUUGUAGAAAGUUAUUAUUUGAAAGGGGGGUCGGUAAGAUUUGAGCCAUUCCAAAUGCGACCACGGCGAGUGGACUAAAUUUCAAAAAUGAAGCUCCGGAACUUACAAAUUGAGCCACGCUUUCAUCAACGGAAUGAAAUGUUUUCUGGCUUCAAUUAUUUUUGGAAAAACUGAAAAAUGACUAAACAAAAAAUUCAAAAAUUCAAAAAAAAAAUUCCAGUUCUACACUUGGGCGAGCAACUCAGCGGCUGGAGAAUACUUCACGCAGAAGAAAAAUUUGUUCUAUCUUCACGAAAAAGGAAAUCCGAAGGCGCCGAUUCUCAACUGGCAGAACACCAAUCUCCGACAGAAAAUGCUUGUUGGACUCUCCCAAGUGUUCGCAUUUCAAAAGCGUACGUUUCAGGAGGUGCUGACGUCUUGGAUGGACCGUGGAGUCGAUGGAUUCGAGCUGGUCGGAAUUGAAUAUUUGGCUAGGACGCCGAAUGGAACCGAACCUGUGGGUCUUUGAUUGGGUGUUGAGAGGCUUAGCCACCUUGCCAAGUUUGAAAAAUAUCAAAUGUCUCUUGCGAAUUUUGAAGGGCUGGGGUCGAAUAGAAAAACUUUCUGAAAAAGAAAGUUUGAGAAAUGGCAAAAACGAGGAGAGGCUUCGAACCCUCGAGUCUCAUACUAAUAGACGCGUCCUUUAGCCAUUAGAACAGACCAUACUUUGAACGAAAAAAUCUCAAAAAUAGCGUCAAAAUUUUUUCAGGAACCUUUUUCUUUGAGUACGAAGGUUAGGUUGGAAAUUCUGAAUUUUAUUUUCUUCUUUAAAUUUGUGACUUAUUGGCAAAAACGCCGACAGGAGUCGAACUGGCAGUAGAAAAUUGACCAUUCGGCCUUUAGAAUUUUUUAAAUCCAAUACGCCAUUUUUUUUAUUUCAACAAUGUCAAGGACUGCACCGAAGAUCUGGCCAAAAAAAAAGACAAAAAAGUUUUUUCCCUGAUGAGGAGUCGAACCCAAGACCCCUUACCUCAAGUCUCAUCAUUCAACUCAAUUUUUCAGGAUUGGGACGCGAUCUAUGACGUCAUCCGCGACAUUCGCUUCCACGUCGAUGGUCACUCCGCCGAGAGCACAGUUCUCAAUGGGAAAAAAGUGUUCGUUUUAUAGGGAUUUUGAAAAUCCGCCCUGCGCCUUUAAAUUCCCUUCAAGUAUUCAUUGAAGUUAUUACCUAUGAAGCAUGGUAAUAUAGAAGAACCUGGAAAAAAUAUACUUAAAGGCGCAGGGCGGAGCUUUUAUGUUUGCCUCUGCGCCUUUAAAUUUUCCUUAUAGUAUUUUGGAUUUAUUAACUUACUAUAGUAUAAUGCAUUGAGCAGGUAAGAUGGAAAAAACGGGGAAAAAUAUGUUUAAAGGCGCAGGGUGAAGCUUUCGUUUUUGUCUCUGCGCCUUUAAAUUUUUUUUCGAGUCAUCAGUGAAGUUUUUAUAUUACUUCACUGUAGAGUCAGGGCUGCUGGUUUAGAAAAAAGAGGUGAAAAUAUGUUUAAAGGCGCAGGGGAAGCUUUCGUUUUUGUCUCUGCGCCUUUAAAUUUUCCUUCUAGUCAUCCCUGAAUUUUUUAUAUUACUUUACUGUAGAGCCGGUGCUGCUGAUAUAGUGCAAAAGGAGUAAAAUAUGUUUAAAGGCGCAGGGCGGAGCUUUCAUCAUUGCCUCUGCGCCUUUAAUGGAUUUUUUUAGAGGAAAAUGCUCGAACUUUCUAGAUUUUUCUCAUUCAGAGCCUUGUUUGCAAGAAGAGAUGAGGCCAAAGAAAAGGACAAGAAAAACUUGGCGAAAAGCGGUCUUGACACGGUGAUCAACUACGAGCUGGGCGAGGUCGAGAAGGACUCGAGUUUGUUUUUUUCAGAAACUAGGAAAUUUAAAAUAUCAAACACAAAUUUGCUGUAGAAAACAGCUCAAAAUUGAAAGUUUAUCGCUUUUUUUCCUUUCAAAGCUUCAUAACUUCGUUCAAAAUGAAGCGAUUUAUAAUAUUCGUACUUUUUUGGAACCACCUUGAAAUGGGCUUUGAAAUGCACUGAAAAACGUUCGAAAUUUAUAGAAAUUUGUCACAAAAACGAGGGAUCCAUCGCGACUUGUGUCCACGAAAUCCUCUCCGAUGUCCUCCUGUUCCACACGCUCAACGAGAAUGUUUGGCCUCAGUGGCAGGUGAUUUUAUUAAAUAUGCCUUUUGAAAGUUUUUCCUCGAAGCUACAAUAUCUAGCUGCAAAAAAGUUGAUAAUAUGUAUCAAUUUAUCCUCAAAUACCGAAUUAUUUAGUUUUUCGCAUGGACAUGGUUCAUCUCAAAGGUUUAUAACAAUAAAAGAUUAGUAUAUCCCCUUAAGCGACCACUUUUUCAAGCUGUAGCGCCCCUUAUAGAGAAGUAACGUGGUACCUAGAGAGGAACCUUUAUGAGCCCCUAAAUUUGUCCCUAUAGGGACCACUAUGACUAUUCUAAGAACUCUAAACGACGAGCAUGCUCCCCUAGAGGAGCCACUAACUGAAACCCCUAGAGGGGUCACUUUAAUAAGCUUUAGCGCCAUUUAUAGGUGAGUAACAUGGUCCCUAGAAAACAACCCUCAACGAGACCUAAGGUUUCCCUAGAAUGACUACUUCGCCUUUUCUAAGAACACUAAACGGCGAGCAUGCUCCCCUAUAUGGGGCCACUAGAGGGGCCACUUUCGCAAGAUUUGGGGCUCCUUAUAGGGGAGUGAAGUGGCUCCUAGAGGGGUACCUUCAAGGCCAUUUUUGCAAGAACACUAAACGAUAAAUGCUCCCCCUAUAGAGCUCACCUACUGAAACCCCUAGAGGGACCACUUUUGCAAGCUUUAGUGUCUCCAAAAGGUGAGGUAGGGUGGCUCUUAGAAAAAAAACCUUGAAGAACCCCUAAAGUUGUCCCUAUAGGGACCACUAUGACGAUUCUAAGAACUCUAAACGACGAGCAUGCUCCCCUAGAGGGGCCACUAACUGAAACCCCUAGAAGAUCCACUUUUGCAAGUUUUAGGGCUCCUUAUAGGGGGGUAACGUGAUCUCUAGAGCGUAACCUUGAAGGAUCUCAAAGGUUCUCCUUAUAGGGACCACUCUAGGGUUGAAUAUUUGCCUUUCCUUUUGAGAAAAUCCUCUUUCAGUUCGGCUCUCCCUGGCUCUCCCGCGUCGCGACCAGAGCUGGAAGCCGAGCUCAUGCUCAACUCCUGCUCCUGCUCCAGCUCAUGCUCCCCGGCACCAACAAUGUCUACUACGGCGAAGAGCUCGGCAUGCGCGACCUCGCCAACGACACUAAAGUGAGCUCUCUAGGGGUCUCUUAAGUGGGGAUGGAUUCAGGUUGCCCCGCAACGCGGCGCAAUGCAAUGGGACGACACGGCGAACGCCGGUUUCACGUCGGCCGCAGUUUCUGGAAUUCCUGUCAAUUCGGACUUCAAGAAUAUCAAUUGGCAGGUUCGGUAUGAGCAAAAUUUUUUGAAAAAAAAAUAGGUUGGCUUAAUUCGAAAAUUUGAGAUUUUCUUUGUAAAAAUUUGUAGAAAAAGUUAAUCUUCCGAACUGACAUACUAAGAAAAACUGUAGUGGCCACUUAAGAGGUUCUUCAAGGACUACCUAAAGAGGGCGCUAGAACCACCUCAGUCCAAUUUUUCCCGUUUAGUGGCUUCUAUAGUGUUUUUAGCGUUCUAGACCUCUUUAGACUUGUUAUAGUACCACCUGGACUUUUAAAGUUGUCACCAGUUACUAGCCGCUUAAGUGGCCACUAAGCUGACUACUAUAGUGGCCACUAAACGUCAAAACCUUUAAGUGCCCACUUGAGAGUUUCCCAGUACGCUAUCUAUCCACACGCUUCAGCUCUCAUUAUUUUAAAAUUCAAUGAUUUUUCAAAAUUUUCUUUGGAAUUCUCAAGCGUCGCGUGUCCCUUUAAAUUCCCAAAAUCGAUUAUUUUUCCAGAGACAAUACGCUGAAGAUUCAUCUUCACUGAAGCUUUUCUCCAAACUGGCCAAACUUCGCCAGAGAGACGACGCCCUGAGGUCGGGCGCAACUUUGAUGGGCCGACUGGUCGACGGAGCCUUCACUGUCACUCGAUUCAACAAUUUCGAGAAUAGGACUACCGGAUUGGUUCGUUUAUAGUUUGAUAGAGAUUUCAAAGAUGAAGAGAAUGGUGGAAGUUCUAGAAAGAUUGGUUUGGAUUGAGGAAAGUUAUGAGGUCUUAACAAUGAGAACCUUAUCUUGAAAUUCAUAGAGAGCUUCAAAAAUCGAGGGGUAGAGUAAUCAUGCAGUUCUGGGACUAUUCAGAAAAUUUUCAUUCUUAUCUUCAAUCUUCAAGCUUGAAAUGAAAAAAUAAUGAUUUUCUCAACUUUACCUGCUUUAUUAUCACCUUAAUCAAUACCCCGGACCUCAGUAAAGCAAACCGGACGUUUUUGAGAACUUCUAGUGAUCACUUAAGAGUAUUGAAACCGCUAAAGGGAUCACUAGAAAAGCUCCUAAAAGUCUGAGGCGCGUCCAGUUUGCAUUAAAAAUGACCGAGACAAGGAUGAAGACAAUUUAUUUUCUUGAACCCGAGAAAUUUUUCAGAUCUACGUGGCCGCAUUGAAUUUCGCGCCGCACACCGUCAAACUUCCCAUUGCCGACCUUCCAAGUCAUGCGAACUUGGCCAAAUCGACGGUAACUAAUAUUUAUUUAUUAAAAAAGCAAAGGGGAAAAAAAACAAAAAAUGCGAAAAAAACAUUAAGAAAUAAAUGUAGUUUGAAGUAUUUUCUAUGUAGGUUUUUUUCCCUAACACGUAAGGAUCUAGAAACUGUUAAAAUGAAUUAAUGGAAUGGAAGGCGGGAUUAGACAGAUCAUUUUUGAAGAUAGAGAAAAUGUGAGAAAGAGAAGUAUUAGUGAUAUCGAGAGAAAGCACUAAAAAAUCGACAUUUUUUUGAUUUUUUUAGAAGUUACGUCUUGAAGUUUAAGCAGAAAAAAAGAUGUUAAUCAAGGGAAAAAUUUUAAUUAUUCAUAUAACUUUCAUGAGCGAGUUAGAAUGAUCAGUAAGCUAAAUCUAGAAAAAGGUUAGGAAGACGAAAAAUUUUUGAAUUUGCAGGCUCUCAAAAAUUCCUAUUUUUUUAUAUUCAAAAAUACAUCAAAUCAGAAGAUGGAAGGAAAGCAAAAAAAUUAACGAAACAAUUUUGAAAUCUUACAAAGUAUACAAACUUAAGAAACCAACCUAUCCAACAACCAAAAAAAAACAAUUUUAUCCCUUUUCCAGAUCGUCACGGCCACUUCCAACUGCGAACAGUACACGGCCAGGCAGUCGGUUGACUUGAGCUCGAAAGAAAUCGAAUUGGAGACGAAUCAAGGCCUCGUUUUCCGUUAUCCUGCUUGA